CGUCUCUCUAAAAAUCGCUCUGCGCCCGCACCUCGUCUUCUCUCCCAUCGCACACACACUUACCCCCAACAAUAAUCUUUCAAUCUUACCCGCCAAAACAACCUCUUCUAAUUUAACGUUUUAAUUUUUCAAAUUCUCCAAAACACCUUCUCCUUCCCCCUCCUCCCUCCAUCUCUCUCUAGGGUUCCUCUCUGUUGACUCUCAACAUUGUCUGUCUCCUAAACGACGCCGUCUGUAUGCGCUUCCUGUGAUGGAUCCACCGGUUGAGGUUGAAGUGGAAGUUGAAGCUUUUGCCCCGACGAACAACUAUUCGGAUGGUGGGGAGGAAGUUAUGGGGCGGAAGAGGGGGGUGGAGAACGGAGAGGAUGGGAAUUUGGGGAAGAGGAAUAGAUUUGGUGGUGGAGAUGAGAUGCGGAGGGUUGCGGAGAUUGUGAUGGUGUUGUCUGCGAUGGGGACAAUGAGAGGUGGGAGGAAACCGACGGAUGUGGAGAUGGAGUUGAUGGCAGAGGCGAGGGAGAAGCUGGUGCAGAUGUGUGAGGAGGUGGCGCCGAGGGAUAUUGUGGCUAUGGAUGCAAUUGGAGCUGUUUUUGAGGAUUUGGGGCUUAAUGCCAAGCUCAAAGAUCAGAGGCUAGGGUUUCGUGGCACCAAGCUGUCCAUUGCUGAGAAAUUUGCACUUUCUAAGAAGAAGAUGGAAGAAUCCAAGAAAUUCACUCCACCGUCUGCAUCAUAUGCGCCUCAUGCACCACAAGCAAGCUUUGGUUCACUUACUGAAAACCGUGGGACACCAUCCACGGUUCGCAUGUUUGCAUCAGAUAAAUCAAGUCCUGCACCAAUAUCUUCUGGAGGGUUCCCAGCUCCACAGCUUGGUCAUGUUUCUGCAAAUAUUUCUACAUCUCAACCGUAUCAGUUGCACACAGGUGAAAUGAGAGCAUCUGUGGUUUCCACUGGACAGCCAGGCAGCCAUUUGGUGCCUAAAGUUGAAAGACCACAGUUUAAAAUGGAUGGAGGGUCAAAUGGGCCUGCUUACGCAUCUCAAAUGCAAGCAAAUUCAACUGCCAAUCGACCACUGGUGAAUGCUUCAACUUGGUCUAUACAAACCUCUUCCGCCCGACCUAAUAACUUUGGAGCAGAAAACAAGGAUUUGAAUCCUAAUGCUGUUAAGGUUGAGGGAACUGCUGAUUCAAGGGUGGCUCCUCAAGCAGCAAGUAAUCAUGCCUUUAGACCAUUUACCACUCAAACUGCAGGAAAUUUUCAGAGCAUGCAUCCAAUCCAAGGCAUGAACAUUGUUCAAGCUCCUCCUUUUGGCAAUAAUCAUGGAGAAAUUGCUAAAAUCAUUCAGAAUUUAUUACAACCACAGCUUCCUGAGCAUCUCGUGUGGACUCCUCCUUCAAGGGAAUACAUGAAUAAGGCUUUGACUUGCCAAAUGUGCAAACAAACCAUUAAUGAUGUUGAUAGUGUACUUCUCUGUGAUGCUUGCGAGAGAGGUUUUCACUUAAAAUGCCUUCAAGCUAAUAAUCAGAAAGGAAUGUCCAGAGCUGAGUGGCAUUGCACGAAGUGCCUGAUGUUAAGCAAUGGGAAGCCGUUGCCUCCUAAGUAUGGUCGUGUCAUGAGAAGCGUAGGCACACUGCAAGUGCCGUCCAAUGCUUCUGGAACUCAAUCAUCUUCAGAAAAGAAAGUGGAAGCCUUAGACCUGAAGGUUAGUCAGCAGAAGAUAAUGGUGAAUGGAAGCUCUGUUGUGCAGAGUCCUGGAUCUGGUACAGUGGGCAGCAAUGAUGUCGACUCAACACCCGAUUCAAAAAUUCAAGUCCCAAUGGAAAUACCAGUGACUAAUAUCUCAUCAACUGUAAUAGAUGUUGAGCAGAGAACAAUUUCUGAAACUUGCCCAAAUAAUUCAAUGAAAUCUUUGGAGGCUAAUCCUGCUUCUCUUGUGGGAGCAUCAAGUGAAAGAUCUGAUUCAUCAGCACGUGAAGAGAGUUCGGUUUCUGAAACAAAAGUUCUACCUUCUCCUAUUACAUCUGGCAUAGUUAAUAGCAACUCUGAUAACCUCCCACCUUCACACAACCUACAAGUUGUUGGCCAAACAGGUGUGCCGGGCAAUGAAGGUCUUUUGAAGACCAAUCCGGACAACAAACCUACAGAUGAAGAUUUGAAUGACAUAAGAGGGCAUAGUGAAUAUACCACAAUGCCUGGAAGGCCUUCUGAUGGCUUACACAAUGUGGAAUGGAUUGGUAGCAUACUUCAAGUUAUGGAAGGGAAAACCUAUUACCAGUCCUGUUGUAUUGAUGGAAUGACAUAUAAAGUGCAAGAUCAUGCGCUUUUUUCUUCUAACCAUGAAAAAUUGAUACCUUCUAAGCUUCAGGCCAUGUGGGAAGAUUCUAAAACUGGUUCAAAGUGGGUUACUGUAAACAGGUGCUAUCUUCCUAAUGACUUACCUGAGUCUGUUGGUCGUCCAUGUCCCCCUGAAAGCAAUGAGGUCUAUGCUUCUAACCAUGAUAGCAGUGUGAUGGCUGGUUUGAUUCAAGGCCCAUGUGAAGUUCUUCUUCCAGCCAAGUUUAAGGAAGAGAGUGAAAGAUGGAAUCAGUUGGGAAUUGAGACAAAUAGUGGAUCUCCUCCGCCAGUUUUUCUGUGCAAAUGGUUUUAUGAUGAAUUCAAAGGGAAUUUCAAUCCUGUUUCCAGUUAAGAGGCAAUGUACAUGAGAGGCCAUCUCAAUAUUUUGCAACUCUGCGGUGAUUCUUUCGUCAGGAAAUGGCCGGCCCUGCUGAGAAUUGGUUAUUAGUUUCAAUACUCAGAUCCUGUAAAGUAUGUACUAUACUACUACUACUACUAUGUAGUUGUAGCCCCAGUUUAGAUUUGGCAGAAGAUUAGCAACUAGAAUUAGAAUUAGAAUUUUUUCACCUUUUUUGGUUAUCCAAAGAUCCAUUAUUGCCUUGUAAAACACAAUACUUAUGCUCAGUUGUCUAAGACACCUUGAAUUAUUUCUUUUGGAUACAAGACCAACUCCUUCAAUUUGCAAAUCCUUGAAAAUCUUCUAUA